UUUAAACUAAGUGUUGCUGUCAGUAUCGGUUCAGUUCUAUCCAGCACUUUUAAGACAACGACAACCGACGACGACGCUGCACUCUUGAAAUGAAAUUAUUAUUGAUAUUAAUUGUUGCAAUCAAUCUUUUUGUUUACGGUAUUCAAUCAGUAUCAAUUGUGGACAAUGUGACCGUGUCUAGUGAUGUCUUGAGUGAAGUUUUUAUCAAAGAAAUUAAAAACAAUCCAAAUAAGAUUUACAUCAUUGGCGACGGCGGCGGUGAAGAUAUUGAACCUUAUGAUUCGAAAAAAUGUCUUCUAAGUUUAAGGGAAAUCAUCAAUAAAUUUCCGGAUCGACAAGUUUCUCGAUUCCUAGACGCCUGGGGAAACUUGCCAUCCGGAAUUGAAUCGGGAAACGAAUAUGAUAUGGGAAACUACGAUCAAUGUGUCAAAACUUCAGUGAAACUUAGCGGACUUAGUGAGGAAGUUAAUGGACAGUAUUGUUUCGCCACAAUUUUACUUCAUACCGAUCAACCACCAAACCAUGAAAUACAUUGGUGGAAUCUUGAUCCAAGCCUAAGUACUGGAAUAUGUGCUCCUGAUAGCUGUAGCCCACAAUUGUUAACAUCAAUUUUCAAAGAAGCAGUUAGUGGUCAAUUUGAAGGCGUAUUGUCUAGAAUUAUGGUUGGACGUUGUUCGAAUGGAAAAAUUCCUCCACUAACAACUUUGAAUAUCAUUGGAUUGUCGAUAUUUGGAUUGGUAACGAUUUUGAUGGUCUUGAGUUCAAGCUAUGAGUUCUACACAAGUUUUUAUGAGAAAAAACCGAUUCCAAUUUUGAUGACUUUUUCGGUUCUUACAAAUGGAAAGAGGCUUUUCGCAAUAAAUACCAAGAAAUCGAGAAACAACAUUGAUUGCCUCACAGGUAUUCGGGUCCUUUCAACAUUUUGGAUUAUAAAUCAUCAUACUUAUACAAACAUUCAUGGAACUCCAAUUAUUAACAACCGGGAUCAUAUUGAUUGGUUGUAUAGUCCAGAGUUUUUCCCAGCUUUGAAUGCAAGUAUAUCAGUUGAUACGUUUUUGUUUAUGGGAGGACUUUUAGUAGCUUGGAUUGGAUUCAGGGAACUUGAUAAAUCUUCUGGAAAAAUAAGCCCUUUAAUGAAUAUUGUUCAUCGGUAUUUUAGACUAACACCAAUCUUAGGCGCUGGUCUAUUAAUGGCUUAUAGUGUGAAUAAGGUUAUUUAUACGGGUCCAAUUAAAAGUGUGCAAAUGGAGAAAAAUAGUUGUGAUGGCACAAAUUGGUGGCCAGUAAUGCUUUACAUCCAGAAUUACUAUUUCCAAGAGAAAAGGUGUUAUGAAGAAGCCUGGUACUUAGCCAUUGACUUCCAACUAUACGCUCUAUCACCGCUUCUUUUAGUACCAAUGUGGAAAUGGGGCAAGAAAUUCGCACCGGUCUUACUCAUUUUAGGGCUGUCUUCAAUUGGCUGUGUUAUUGGAAUUUACUUAUUCCAGGGAUAUGUUGGGCUUAUGUUGGGAUUAAAUCCUCAUGAAUGGGAAAGAGUCUACACUCCGACACAUACAAGAUGUUCGACCUGGCUUCUUGGCUUUGGUUUUGGUUACUUCUUGCAUAAAAAUCGGCAGUCAAAUUUUAAGAUUCCAAAAAUUGUUCAACUUAUUGGUUGGGUCGUCAGCUUCCUUACCAUGACAGCUGUCGUUUUUGGACCCUAUUUUUCGUUGAGUGCCAAUGGUCAAGGAACCGUUUUCGAAGCUGCUAUGUACGAGGGAUUCAAGCGUAUAUCAUGGGGUCUAGCUCAUGUGUGGAUAACAUUUGCUUGUUACUAUGGAUAUGGUGGUUUUGUUGACACAUUUCUGUCACAUCCAUUUUGGCAGCCAUUUGGACGUUUGACAUAUGCCAUGUAUAUGAUGCAUAUGGCAGUUGAGAGAAUGCAUUUCGGAUUGACACGGACAGAAAUUUACUUUUCUGUUUAUAAUCAGUUCUUAUAUUUUUGGAGUGCUUUUGGGAUAACUUUUUUGAUUUCCAUUUACGUUACACUUGCCUUCGAAUCACCAAUUUUAAUUUUAGAAAAGUUUAUAUUUCCUGCAAGAACACCGGCGGCGGUGCCAAAAACAAAUCCCGAACAAACUAUGGUUGUGUCUCCGAGUGUUAUUGUUGACCCUGAGCAAGCACAAAAACAACUGUAAUACAUAAGUUAAAAUUUUGAACUUAAAAACGCACUGAUAUUUUAUUAAAGCUUUAACUAUUUAUUUAAAAACAA